AUGAGGUCCUCAUUCGGCGCCAGGCGCCAGGCUCGAAAGGUUGGGCAGCAAGAAGGUGAAGACAUGGAGGAUGCGCGGCCUGGAUUAGGAAGCCAGGACCAAGAAAACACUCCUACCGUCAUACGUCCCUCAAUCGCCUCUCGUGGAUCCUCAAAAACCAAGAAGCAGUCGUCUGCUAGAGUAUCAUUCGGACCUGGUGGUACUUCUAUGACCGAAGAUGAUGACAUUGGUGGACCUGCAGUAUUCACGCCCAAGAAAUCUAGCCUGAGCCGACAAGCCGUUGAGAAGAACGCCCUUCGAAAGACCAUAGCGAACAAUCUCUCGUCAGAACAUCUCGGCUUCAGGCAAACAGAGGACAGGCCAAGCUACAGUGCUGACCACCUCAAUGAGCUCAAGACUUCCACGCCCUCUACACCUAAAAAUCUACGCUCCAAAUCCGACGUCAACGACGAAGAUGGCAAAGCGCUCGAUCUAGCCUCCAAAUUCGGCUCAGAUCUCGCAUACCAAGAAUCAAGCUCCGCCAUCCCUACGGAUGCUGAGGUCCGCGAAAAGAAAGCACGGCGUGCUCGUCUGGCCAAGGAGCAAGAUUUCAUCGGCCUCAGCGAUGAGGAUGCGCAGGAGCAAGAAGAUUCCGACGGCGAGAGAUCGCUCUUACCUUAUGCGAAACAAAAGCCAUCGAAGAAGGAAGAAACGCGCCUAGUCCGUGAUGACGAGGACAUAGCAGAAGGCUUCGACGAGUUUGUCUCGGAUGGGCGUAUUGCACUGGGCAAGAAAGCGGAACGAGAGCAGAAACAACGACAGGAGGCCGAAAUGCGAAAUUUGAUCAAUGAAGCCGAAGGAGGCAAUGACUCCGCGGAUUCCGAGGAUGACGACAGUGAAGCUGAGCGCCAUGCCGCCUACGAAGCCGCGCAAACUCGGAAAGGCAUGGAUGGACUCAGAAGAGACGAACAAAGUACAAGACCUAGGCGACCAAGAACACCACCGCGGAUCACGCCUUUGCCUACGUUGGCCGGAUGUUUGGAAAAGCUAAGGCAGAGGCUGGCAGGCAUAGAAUAUGCGCGGAUGCAGAAGGUUCGGCAGUUAGAGGAAAUUAAGAAGGAGAAGGAAGAUAUCAGAGUUAGGGAAGGGGAGAUCCAGCAGUUACUAAAAGAGACCGGGGAAAGAUAUGAGAAGCUGAGGAAGGAGGCUGAAAUGAGUGGGGAAGACCGUCCGCCUGAUGGGCUGAGUCCAGGUGGAGGACUCGGGUCUGGAGCAAGUAUGGUAUCGAUGGCGGGAAUAGAUCCUGCGCAACAGACACCGGAGACCAAAGCCCCUCCACCAACAAGCGACUCCCCACCCGCACCUGCAGGAGCCUCCCAGCCACUGCUCGCAUCCCGCGCCAAAGGCAACCGGCGCGCGAGCCCUACGUACGCCGAGCAGAGAGGGAAGCCAGCAGAUACGAGCUCGCCCAAGCACUUUGAUACCCUGCGUACAUAG